UCCACGUGCACUACACCAAUUCAGGAUUUUUAUUGGACUGGCUGGGAGGCGCUGCAGGGAGGGCUUGGGUGAGGUGAAAUGGCCAGGGGGGAAAGGGACAGAAGUGCCCUUCCAGAGGGACUUCCAACUCAUCUUCUGGGACUGGUUGGUUUACGCUUCAACCAGGAGCCUCUCUCAGAUUUCCAGAAUUCUUUCUCAGAUCCAUUUCUUCAGUCUGAGAUUGCCUUGGCUGAUAUGCAAGGGUUUGGAUUGGGGCAACUGCCCAACGAGUCCCUUGCCGCCUACAAGCAGCGUUUCCACGCUCAGAUUGAGGCUGAGGAACAACGCCUGCUGGCAGCCGAGGCUGCCCGUGUACAGGCUGAAGAGGCAGCAGAAGCAGAACAGCUGCGGCUACAGGCCGAUGCAGACGCAGAUGCCCAGGCUCGCCGCAAGGAACCCCAGGAUCUGCUGCAGCGGCAUGAAGCCAACAGCAUCGACAGACUCAAGUACUGRCAUUUUGAACCGAACGGCGACGAGGCAACACCGGAAGAGAAGCACAAGGAGUUCCUCUCCAAACUCGUGACRCGGUUGUUGUAUGCUUGCAACUACCAACRGUCAGAGUUGGAGAGACAGUACCRGGACCUGAYGCAACARCAUCAGGAGUUGGCRMMGCUCCRCCGCAYRGUGCAGRGCCACGAGGAUGCAACUCGGGCACUCAAUGCCCGAUUGUUGGACCUGGAACAGGCUGUACCAGGACCAGCUGCUGGGGCUUCCAGCASUGCACCCUCUAGCCGCMAACURGAGGACYGCGUUGACCACGUAGUGGSAAUGCUCGGCGACAUCAGCACUUUCGCUGCGCCGACCACCACCAUCAGCAGUCAGYUGCAKACAUUGAAGACCGAGGUCCAGCAGCUACAGACGACGAACGCAAAUGGCAAUCCGAAGAUGUAUAAGAUGCCAACGUUCACUCUGGAGAGGUUCAACGACUACAYGCAGYAGGAUCCGGUCCUCUGGUGGGAAGCAUUCACAACGCAACUCAGGAUUCUGCMCGUAGACAAGCAUGCGUACAUCGRCGCCCUGUUCCURAAYUCAAAGGGCGGAUGCCAGACCUGGUUGACCCACCUGGCAACCUCCCACGRCGUCGACGUACCAGACUUGAAGGACGUAAUCACAUGGGAGGAACUGACAYGGYUGUGGAAGAAGCGGUUCAUCGUCGACGACGYGCCARCWYUCGCCAUYAAYCGAYUGUUCACCAUGUCACAGGGYAACACAGCAACACGGGAYUGGCUCACGGAGUGGCRGAAGAUUGCGGYUGUGCCCAAUCUGAAYUUACCAUUCGAGCAUCUACGCCGUGAGUUCUACAACAGGUCCUGUGCUGCAUUGAGCCAGGCUCUUGGUGAUCGCGAGCAGUACUCAACCUUCGCGGAGAUCAUUGACAAAGCGAGGGAGAUCAUCAAGACCAACAGGUCAGCUGCACACGAGAAAUCAACAUCAUGGCAGCCGACCUAUGUGGAGAAGGUACGAACUGGUCCGCGACAGCAGCACUUCGCUGCAGUCCAGCAGGAUAGGGGAGAUAACCCAGCAGCCACUCCAGCAUCAAGUGACGGAGAUCAGGUGGAUGCUGUCCAGCCGCGGAGCACCAACAAGGCCCGCAACAAUGGGAAGGCGAAAUCCGCAUCGCAGGCCGGAAAUGGACAACCAGGACAGUUUCCAUGGGUCAAGUUUGGCUUGACCGAGGCAGAGUACAAGCUCGGGAAACUGAGCUCCGCGGAAGGUGAGGCGACUCCACCUUCUGCUCCGCCAGAUUCGGCCGCCUUGCUAGCGGCCUCCUGCACAUCUGGGGAGGAUGCAAAUGUCGCAAGUCCUCGGUACACUUACGAGGACUAUGCUGUCCACUUGGUUCCACCGCUGGACCAAUCGCUCCACGCGCAACAGUCCACCGCAUGCACGGUUUCAUCACCAUCGGCAACCGAUUCGGCAGCUUCGCCGCAAUCUAUCGCCGGGGAUUCGAUGUCAUGGUCAAGACUUGAAGAGCUCGACCCAUUGACGUUCACGGAUUUCCAGUGGAUGCCCAUUCCCUCGACCGGACGAUUGCCGAAACCGCAUUGCAACGUGCUUAUGGCACAAUUGCGGGACUACUUGCACACUGUAGUACCAGCUCCGUUGAUGGACGCCGGAGGAGAGGUUGUCGACCUUCUCGCGUACAUCGCAAAGAUUGACCGCGAGUUCAAGACGCAACCGUACGACGACAUCGACGCACCAUUGCUAUACAUACGCAUUCAGAUCGGAGAGGCGACCUGCAGUGCCUUGAUCGAUUGCGAAGCAACUUGCAACUACAUCAGCCAGGACUUCAUGGCGGUGUCCUUUGAUAUUCUGGACACCAAAUUUGACAUGAUCUUGGGCAUGUCAUGGCUGCGAAGCGAGGAUCACCCGGUGAACUUCUUCAAACGCACCGUUCACAUUCGUGAUCGGAACGGAGUAUUAGUUCCAUGCACGGUGCCCCUUCCUCAUCCUUCGAUCAGCUGCCACGUGGUAUCCGCCGCAAGCAUGCGAGCUUCCAUCAUCAGAGACGACAUCGAGGAGAUGGGGGUGUGUUUUCUCCACGUCCUCCCGCCCCAUGACGCUUCAUCGACGGACUCACCUUCGGAUCCACGCAUCACCGAACUUCUCGACGCCUACAGCGACGUGUUCGAAGGCCCGCACGGAGUAGUACCGGAUCGACCCAUCCGCCACGAGAUCAUUCUCGAGGACGGGGCGGUACCUCUGCGCGGUUGCAUCUACCGAACGAGCGAGGAAGAGUUAAGUGUGCUUCGGGCACAACAUGACGACCUUCUGGAGAAAGGUUGCAUUCGGCCUAGCUCAUCGCCAUACGGUGCUCCUGUUCUCUUCGUCCGGAAGAAGAACAAGAAUCUGCGGUUGUGCAUCGAUUAUCGCAAGCUCAACGCGCAGACGAUCAGGAACGCCGACCCUCUCCCACGCAUCGACGACCUUCUCGAGCGAUUGGGCGGCGCCCAGUUCUUCUCUAAGCUGGAUCUCAAGUCAGGGUACCACCAACUCGAGAUUCGCAAGGAGGAUCGCUACAAGACCGCGUUCAAGACACGGUAUGGGCAUUUCGAAUGGUUGGUCAUGCCAUUUGGCCUUACGAAUGCCCCAACCACUUUCCAAGCGGCUAUGACAACGAAGUUUCGACACAUGCUGGAUCGUUUCGUACUUAUCUACCUCGACGACAUUGUGGUUUACAGCCGGAGUCUGAACGAGCAUGUGGAACACCUGCGCACCGUUUUGGAGCGGCUCCGACAGGCCAAGUACAAAGCAAACCGCGACAACAAGCCCCGCAACCGCAAUCCCUACGAUGAGUUACACCCGAUGCCUAUCCCAUGGGAACCCGGUCUCUCCAUUGCCAUGGACGUCACCGGUCCGUUUCCUCGCGACCGGCUCGGGCACGACGGCAUCCUCACGGUUGUGGACCGAUUGAGUAAGUACGCGCGUUCUCUCCCUUGCAAGUACUACUCCACGGCUCCCGAGCUGGCACGCCUCCUGCACACUGGUUGGAUUUGUGGCCACGGUGUACCAGAAGACAUUGUCGGUGACCGCGACACUCGUUUCAUGUCGGCGUUUUGGACUGCUCUCAUGCAGGAGUCCGACACAACAAUGAAACCAAGUACGGCUCGACAUCCUCCGGCAGACGGGCAGACGGAGCGGGCUCAUCAAACCGCUCAAAUGAUGCUUCGUACGCUCAUCCGUCCGGACCAGAAAGAUUGGGUUGACCGCCUCCCCGACAUCGAGUUUGCCUACAACACUUCGGUACAUCCGGCGAUCGGAGUGACUCCAUUUGAGUUGCACCACGGUGGACGAAAAGGCCGGAUCUUCGCAGACCUUCUCCUCCCUCGACCAGCCGACAUUGACGCUGCCUGCUCUCCCGCUUCCGUCCGGAAGUACAGGGAAUUGCUGACUCAAGCCCGCGCAAAUAUGCAAAAGGCUCAAGUCCGCAUGCAGCAGCAAGCCAACAGGCGUCGCGUACCAUGUCCCAUCUGCGCCGGUGAUCUGGUUUGGGUCUCCGCGGAAGAGUUUGCACUGGAACAGGACGUUUCACGCAAACUGCUUCCCAAGUGAUUUGGACCUUGGUCGGCGACAGCAGCCGCGGGCGAUGAGCCCGAUGGCCCUUCAUUUGUGAUCAACAUUCCAAAGCAUC